GCGCUGGCUCAAGUGGGGGAUUCACUGGUCAGCGAAGAAAAUAGACACAAAAAGUUUAAUAAAUUUUAUUUCGUUUGCUGCUCGUAAAGUAUGUAUUCUGAUCUGUUUUUCAACGUCGACGGUGGCUAUUUAGAGGGUUUAGUUCGUGGAUUUAGAUCAGGUAUUCUUAGGAGGACGGAUUAUCAUAAUCUUGAGCAAUGCGAGACAUUGGAAGACCUAAAACUCCACCUACAGAGUACAGAUUAUGGUAGUUUUCUUCAAAAUGAGGCUGGUCCUCUUUCUGUCUCUGUGAUUGACGAUAGACUCAGAGAAAAGAUGGUUGCAGAAUUUCGACAUUUAAGGAAUCAAGCUGUUGAACCACUGGCAACGUUUAUGGAUUAUGUUACGUACAGUUAUAUGAUAGACAACAUAAUUUUACUGAUAACUGGCACACUUCACGAAAGAACUAUUACAGAACUAAUUCCAAAAUGUCAUCCACUUGGAAGUUUUGAGGAAAUGGCCUCAAUCAAUAUUGCGUCAACCCCAGUUGAGCUUUACAAUGCUGUUUUAGUUGAUACACCACUAGCACCAUUCUUUGUGAAGUGCAUAUCCGAGCAAGAUUUGGAUGAAAUGAACAUAGAGAUUAUUCGUAAUACAUUAUACAAGGCAUACCUCGGAAAUUUCUACAAAUUUUGUGAGGACCUCGGUGGCGUGACAGCGGAAGUGAUGUGCCCAAUCUUACAGUUCGAAGCAGACAGGCGAGCAUUCAUGAUCACCAUCAAUUCGUUUGGUACAGAACUCAGUAAAGAUGAUCGGGUUAAACUAUUUCCAACGUGUGGUAAACUGAAUCCCGAAGGUUUGGCGGUCCUUGCAAAUGCCGAUGAAUAUGACCAAGUGAAGGCAGUCGCUGAUUAUUACGCGGACUACCGGAGAUUGUUCGACGGAGCUGGUACUAACCCCGGUGAAAAGACCCUCGAAGAUAGGUUCUUCGAGCACGAGGUAAAGCUCAACACCCUUGCGUUCGAACGGCAGUUUCAUUUUGGUGUCUUUUAUGCGUUUGUUAAGCUGAAAGAACAGGAGAGUCGGAAUAUAAUAUGGAUUGCUGAGUGUAUUGCGCAGAGGAAUAAGGCAAAGAUUGACAACUAUAUACCUAUAUUUUGACGGCAGAAGCUACGAAAUGCACUGAUAACUAAAAUAAUUGUAGUAAUUUAAUAAGCAAUGUCAUAAAAAUUAUGCAUUAAUGAUCAAUCAAUAAUCCUGGACAAACUAGGGACUACAAAGCCUAAUUUAUAGACACAACGAGUUUUCGCCACAUCGACUAAGUAGUUCGCUACCAUUGUAUAUAGAAAUAAAAAAACUCGGUUCAGUGAAUGAAUUAAUUAACACCACACGUGCCAGUCGACCAAAAUCAGGACCAAUCAGAAGCAUACUUUGUCCGCAAACUUCGCCAUAACUCAGACCUUUUAGAAAGGUCUAUAUACAAUUGAUCCUAGCGGAAAGUUUGAACCAAUUUUCAAGUCUUCUGUGCCUAAAUCUUUCGAGAAAUUCUAUUAUUUUGUUUACAGAAAAGGUUUCAUUCAUCAGCCAUGCAGGUGAAUAUUUAAAUACAAUUUUGGGUCCUAAGCAAUGACACACGUAAUUUUAUCACGCUAUGACGUCAUCAUUUGCUUAUUGCCCAAUGUAUCAAGUUUUCAACAAAGUUGAUGCUAAGUGAAAUCUUUUUCAAGAAAAAUUCUUCUUAUCUUCUCCUCAGCAUUGAUUUUGUUCAAGUUUAUUUUCUUUCCAUUUUUCAACCUUAUUUUCAAAAUUUCAAAUCUACUUUUACAAACAUUUACUCUUUUGGUUCGAGUAAGGCUCUGGUUAAAGUGGUUCAUAAAGGACUGGCCGAUAUGUUCGUCGUUUGGGACAGUAGCGUACGAGACACGAUAAUUGGGGGGGGGGGGCAAAUAUUCACAUAUUCGUAUUAACAGACCUAUAAAGACAAUCGAUUUGAAAAGAAAUUAAUCUUGAGCAACAUGAAUAUAUGAAUAUGUGCCGCCCAAAUAUCGUGUCUCGUACGCCACUGAUUUGGGGGUUAUUUUAACUUACUGAACGCUUGUAGAGAAUUAUGAACCUCGAUAAUUGCAAUGCCAAGCCACGUGCAUGAUCCAACACCAGUUUUCUUCCUGAUCCAUUUUAUAAUGAAAAGCAACACACAGAGUUUAUCACAAUUACCAUUAAGGUCUUUUCACAUGAUCCAAUUCACUUCUGACGUAUGGAAUGUAGUCUGUUAGUGAUCAAGCAGUAAUGCACUGGCUUUUUUUAUUCACUGCCCAUAUCAAUGCAACAGACUGCAACACAUCCAUCAGAGGUGAAUUGAAUCCAACAAGAUUGGAUCGUGUGAACAGACCUUUACUUAGGUACCCAGCCAAAACUAAUGACUUUGAAAGUGAGAAAAAUACACGUACGUUUUGCAGUAAGAAUGGGUCCGGAUGCACAGUACAAUAUAUAUAUAUAUAAGAAGCUUGGAAAUACUCCAUUUCACCUGGAGCAAUAUCACCCUCAUCUAUUCACGCUGAAUGCAGAGCGCUCAAUGUUUGACUCAGCAUUCAACAAAAUUAUUCCAGUUGAUUAUAGAUAUCAGAUGCUCAUUUCUUUUAGCACAUUUGUGCUUCAGUCCAGACGUUAUAUACAGCUCAAAGAUUACUAUUAUUAUUCCGUCACUGAUUUAAAAAAAAAUUGUGUUCAAUUCAUUUGUGGUUCAAUCGCGUGCGUGUAUCUGCACACGCGACCACGCCACGAGAUAUAAAUAGAAUUAUAUCUAAAUAUAGAAUCACUUGUAUAUUAAUAGAUGUGAUGUAAACAAAGGCUUAUUGAAUUUGUUCUGAAGGCUGAGUG